AUGGCUGACGCUGGACGCGAGGGUUUCACCGACAAGGCUCAGAAGAAUCUGGUGCCUGAUAGUGAGAAGUCCUACACCGACAAGAUCUCCGAACAAGCAAAGGGAACAUAUGAUCAGGCUGCGAGCGCUGUUCAGCCUGAGGGUGACAAGUCACUCGGACAGAAAGCUCAGGACAGCGUGAGCGGUAGCAACUUGAAACCUGGCGAGAAGGGUUAUGUUGAGACGGCACAAGACUAUGCCAAUACUGCUAUCAAGACCGUCCAGGAUACUGCCACAGGUACGCUUGAUGUCUAUCGAGAUGGCUCAUUUCUACUUCUACAAAAGCUGAUCCCUUCGCAGAUCUUUAUAACAAAGCUGCUGAUGCCACCAAAGACCUGUAAACUUCACACUUUAAACCCCAUUCACACCGUCUACCACUUGAAACCAAUCAACCUCACAUACCCAUCCCAUUUCAAAGCGAUGGCUAAAGACAAAGACCGCGCCCUCAACCCAGCAGCAGCCCAACGCAAGCUCGAAAAACAAAAAGCUGUCAAAAAAGGCAAAGCCCAAAUCCAAGCUCAACGCACCUCCCGCCUCGCAACUCGCAACCCUUCCCGCCUCGAAUCCCAAAUCUCCGACCUUCACGCCCUCCGCGCUUCUCAAGCCGGCAGCCUCAAUGCGAGAGAUACAAGGCAACUAGACGAGCUUGAGAAGGAUGUCGCGAGGAUUAAGAAGGCGAGGGAGACUGUGGGGGAGAAGGCGCCGGCGUUUGGAGGGCUGAGAGGAAGAGGUGGAAGGGAGGAAGGCAGGGGUGACAGAGGGGGGAGGGAAGAAGGUAGGGGAGACAGAGGUGGUAGAGGGGGGCCUAGAGAUGGAAGAGAGGCUUAUGAUGGGCUCGGCAAGCGAAGGAGGGACUCAGAUGGUGGGGGCGGGCAAGAUAGCGAGGAGACGGACGAGGAGGUCAGGAGGAUCCCCUGGCCUAGAGAUACGCCGCCACCUCUACCGCGCCAGCGACCGCCCCCACGGCCGUCGAAGGGUCUUGAUAGCGAGACCGCUGCUGAGAUGGAGGCGCCAGAUACGAGUCUACCGGCUAGACCACCCAGUGCGAUGCCAGUCAGGACGACGUAUGAGAGUAAAGCCCAGGUCAGGGAUUUGAGAGCGGAGGCUACGAGGGCUUUCGUACCUGCUGUGGUUAGGAGGAAGAUUGAGAGUGUGAGGGCGCCGGGGCGGUUGUUGGAGGAGGAGGAGUUUGUUGGGUUGGAAGGGAAGGGGUAUUUUGGGGGUAGGAAAGGGGGUGAGAUGGGGGAAGAGGGGGAGAAGGGGGAGAAGGGUGGUGGAGAGCGAGAGAUGAGUGCGGAGGAAGCGAGGAGGUUGAAGGAUGAGGAAGAAGCUUUUGAGCGGGAGAUGGAGAUGGAGGAGGCUGGAGGGGUUGUGAAUGAGGGAGAAGGCGGAAAGGAUGCAGGUGAAGAAGAGGGAGAUGGAGGAGGUGAAGAGGAGAGUGUGAGAGUCGGUGGAAAGGAGACACCUCCUAAGCGGGAGAAGGCAGGCUUGCUUGGCUUGAGUGCCUAUGUUGAAGAAGCGAGUGAUGAGGACAUGUAG